AUGACUGACGAGUUCAAACUCUUGCCUGAUGAUCAAGAAGCCAGAGAAUGGAUAUAUAAGGCUAAAGAUAUUGGUUUCAUGUUGCUUUAUGAUUACGGUGAUUUCGAGAAUGUAGAGUUGGUUGAAAAUUCCACUGACAUGAUAUUAAAAAGGGCUGUUUUAAGGCCAUUAAAAAAAGUUGUAACUUUGUCAACAUCUAAAUUAAAUAAUCAGUUCUCACUAAGGCAUUCAGUUAGAGAGGUACAAAAGCUUCGUAGAGUUUCAGCCCAUGACAAUGUUUUGAGCUAUAUAGGUUUAACACAAGAGCCUAAUGCUAAUAAUCUUGUUACUGUGGUUUUAGAUUAUGCUUAUGAUAAUUUACGAGAUUAUUUAAGUGACAAUGAAUUACCAUGGGCUAAAAAACUCCAACUUGCCAAACAAUUAACAAGUGGAUUAUAUUGUCUACAUCAAUAUGAUAUGUAUCAUGGUAAUUUG